AUGGUCCGUUACGCUAUCCAGCCCGCCUCCAGCGCGAAGAGCGCCAGUGCUCGUGGCUCUUAUCUUCGCACCAGCUUCAAGAACACCCGCGAGACCGCCCAGGCCAUCAACGGACUCAAGUUGCAGCGUGCUGUGACUUUCCUCGAGAACGUUAUCGGACACAAGGAGGCUGUUCCCAUGCGACGAUAUGCUGGCGGUACCGGACGAUGUGCUCAGGGCAAGCAAUCCGGUGUCAGCAGAGCUCGCUGGCCGGUCAAGUCGGCACAGUUCCUCCUCUCCCUGCUGAAGAACGCCGAGGCCAACGCCGACACCAAGGGCCUCGACACCGGCAACCUCAUCGUCAAGCACAUCCAGGUCAACCAGGCUCCCAAGCAAAGACGACGAACCUACCGUGCUCACGGUCGUAUCAACCCCUACAUGUCGUGCCCAUGCCACGUUGAGAUGAUCCUGACCGAGGGCGAGGAAGUUGUCCAGAAGAGCACCGCAGUGUCCGCCACCAGACUCUCAUCGAGACAACGUGGCGUCCGAACCCGCCAGGCCAUCACCGCAUAA